AUGUCCACCAAGUACGCGGUGGUUUCGCUGCCCAUUGGCGCAUUCGACACGAACGACAAGGAAGAUGCAGUCUCGUCCCUGAAGGGGCACAUCUCGUCCGACAAUGGCACCGUCCUGCCUUUCAGAGUGCCCGACUUCAAGAUUGGCACUCUCGACGCCCUCGUGCAGCAGGCAGACGACCUGGCCAAGCUCGAGUCGACUGCUGAAGCCGUUGUCGCCAAGGUGGGCGACUCUCUCAGGACGAUUCUGGGCGGCGACGAGGACCGCCUGUCCUCCUAUAAGAUGGUCAACGAUAAACCGACCGAGCAAUACAUCAACAACUUCUCGUGGAACAAGAUCCGCUACCGCGCAGACAAGCCCCUGGGCGAGCUCAUAGACACGUUGUCAAAGGAGCUCGUCACUGUCGACAAUGAUGUCAAGUCAAAGGUCAGCCAGUACAACUCAGUCAAGACCAACCUCGCGACUCUGCAACGGAAACAAACCGGCAACCUGUCCACGAAAUCCCUUGCUCCCAUCAUUGACAGCUCGCUCCUCGUCCAAGACUCCGAGUACAUUGAGACGCACCUGAUCGUGGUGCCCAACAGCGCCAAGAAGGACUUUCUGAAGCAGUAUGAGGAGCUCGCCCCCAUGGUCGUGCCCCGAUCCGCCAAUCAGAUUGCGCAAGACGACGAGUUUGUUCUGUUUGGCGUCGCCACAUUUAAGAAAUACAGCCACGAGUUUCUGCAAAAGUGCCGAGAGCAGAAGUGGACGCCACGCCCGUACAAGUACGUGGAGGGCGGCCGGGAGGAGGAGCAGCGUGAGUUGGACAAGGUGACGAACGAGGAGCGCAAGGUCUGCGGCGAGGCUCUCCGCAUCGCCCGCACGGGAUGGAGCGAGAGUGUCAUGGCCUGGAUCCACGUUUUGACCCUACGCGUGUUCGUGGAGGCUGUGUUGCGGUACGGUCUGCCGUUGGACUAUGUGUCUGCUCUGAUCAAGACCACAACCAAGCUGGCCCCCAAGGUGAAAUCGGCGCUCGACUCGCAAUACUCCUACCUGGGCGGCAAUGCAUUUGGCCGGGACAAGCGUGGUAGGGUCACCAAGGACGAUGCGGCGAUGAGCUCAGACAUGAUGGCGGCGGGUCUAGGUGGCGACGGGAACGAGUACUCGGCCUACGUGUACUACGAGAUGGAACUCCCUUAA